AAAAGGGGAAUUUUCCUACGCUUAAGAAAACGAUUAACUACCAAUGAUUUCAGUACAGUUUUCGCAUUAUUGUUCGAUGCCAGAAUUCCUGUAAAUGAGCCAAAGGUCGUCCAGCCGUAACCCAGGACGUCUGGACAAGAGAGGCCAAAGUUCUGGUGGAGGAAGUGACAGCAAAACAACGGGAAGGUCCGAGCGAAGUUCUCCCGCGGUCGACUGUUCCCAAAAUGGCCGGGCACCUGGCGGUCGUCGCAGGCGGGAUUAUGACGACGGUAGGCCCGGGAGGCACUCUCAGAAAAGUGAUAUUAAAUCAGCAAACAUCAAGACAAACUCAGGUCGGAAGUUGUUUUCUGAUAGCUCCCACCUGUCUUCCCUGGUCAACAAGGCACUCCACGAGGAUGACAAGGAAAGACGGAUCACUUCCCUGAGGAAUCUAAAGGAAUACGUACUGAGAAACGAUCACAUCAAGGAGGUACAAAGGCAAUCAGACAACCUGCUUUAUGUCCUAAAUGAUGUCAUCACUGAAAGGGUUAGUAGUGACGUCCGGGUGGAGGCAGUAUUCUGCAUUGCAGCAGUGGGAACACAAAUGGGUCUGGAUCUCAGAAAAUUUUUCCAGUGGGUCUUUAACAAGGUGCAAGCUGCCUCAACAGAUGAUGCCAAGUCCCUUCUUUUACUAGCUGUAGUACAGACUUUGAAGCGAGACAAUGAAAAAAAACAGUGUAAGAAUUUGAUCGCCUUCAUCAUGACCAACAUACAGGCAACAUUGGAAAAUGCUGACUCCCCAGAAUUGUUGAUUUCCUCAGUGAAUGCCAUUCACUACAUUUGCCAGUUUUAUCCCUCUGCAUUCAAUGACCACUUCAAGGACACUGUUGACAUUCUGGUUGGAUGGCACAUCGACACGUCACAGAAACCCUCACUCAUCAAGUACUGUGCAGAUUCUCUGAUCAGUUUCCAUGUAUACUGGCUGUCAGAUUUCAAUUUCUCCAUCACGCUUCUUGGUCAGUUCUUGGAAGAUAUGGAGGCGUAUUCAGAGGAUCUAAGCAACUGUUGCCAUGGCGCUACUGGUUCAGGAGAUGGUGGUAGAGGGGACGAGGAUGAACAGCAGACUCCAGAGAUCUGUCGGAGUAAGAUCCUGGCUCUCCUCAAUGUGUUCACCACAGUAGUCAAGUGUCUGGGAGCUGGAUUCAGCCCCCGACCAGGGUCUCCCAUCACGAUCGACUACAUGUCAGAGGUCUUCAAAGGAAUCAUCCAAUGCGUGGAAACAGUCCGGAGUGAGAGCCAAGGAGACGGUACCGAUGACGUCAUCGUCACGGCAGGCAAUGAGUGCCUCUCCAUCCUCUGUGAUGGUAUGAGAUCCUCUUUAGUCCAAUGUCGUCAAGACGUCUUCAGCUUUGCCCUGAUGCAGGUUGAGGAGACCCUAAAGGCGGUGCUCCCCCGGACCUCUAAGAUCCUGUCACCACUUGGAUUGAUGUACAGGGUACUGAAGCAUCAAAGCACCGGUUUACCCCCCGACCUAGUUGAGAUGCUCUACGGCCCAGAAUCAAAGUUCAAGAAGCUACGCUUCCAUAACAAUAAAGAGGUCCUAGCGUUGUUGCUGAAAGUAUACCAGAAGCUUCUGUGUAUUAAAGAUGUGCCGAUGCUAGAGGCAAUAUAUAGCUUCCUCCUAGCUGAUCUAGAACUGGCCUACGAUACCCUCCUCUCCUACGCCGGCUCCGAGACCCGAUGCCAGCUUGUACCUGAUAACCCACUGAAGGACAGUCAUCUGACGGUACAAGAGGCUGAGAUCAUGGUGGUGUUUGAUCUCAGCACGCUGUCUGAGAUCGGCAGUACUAAGAGCUCUAUUAUUGUGAUGUGGGCGUUAUCACCAAGUCUCUUUGAGCUUCUGACCAAGCACCUGAGUGCUACUCACUGGCUGAUUGCUGAGUGUUUCCCAGCUACUCAUUACUCACUACUCAAUACUCUGUGUGCUCAUAGUGAGAGCAACGCCCAUUUCAUCUCAAGCAGCUUCGGUCUCGCCUCAACCAACCUCGGCUCGGGUUCCUCUAAGACCAGUAGCUACUUCCGUACAGUUCUUAAUCUACUCGGCACUGUACUGCCCCACCCUGCCGUGUCCAACGAUAGCAGGCGUCUGUGCUUGCAGUGGUUUUACAGCAUCUUACAGCACCUUCAACAAGGAGAUUACAAGAUUCUAUAUGUGACUGCUCCAUUCAAUCUUGCUAUCCAGGCACUCCUCCCACUAGCUCACAGUAAAGAACUGAACAUCUGCCUGGGGGCAUGUCAGUGUCUUCAGUUGGUACUUACCUGCGGGGAGCCAUGCACGGACUUCUUACUAGGGUGCCUUGAGAUGUGCAAAGUGAAGUUACUCAACACCAAUAAGAUAAUCAGGAAAGCCUACACGUCUCUACUAGCCAUGCUCCCAUGUGACAUCCUCGUAAGGAGUGAUGCAUCCCCCCUGACCCAAGCCAAGCGUCUAAGUGAGCGGAAGCAAGCCACAGUCACCUUCUCUGAGGAGGACCCUCAGGGUGUGCAGGCCUUCAGGCUAGCCAGACGUAGCCACAUCAGUAAGACACCCAUGGGGACAUUCCACUCUCAAGAUUUUCGCACUGUUAUCUCCUUCAUUCUACUAGGAGAGGCACCAAGCAAUGCUGAUUGGCUGGAGAAGCUUUACCACACAUGCCAGCGUCCAAUCAAAACAGCGGACGUCAAGGGAGAGAUCACACUGCCUGAUUUUAUCGAUGGCAACAAUGGUCUGCAGUGGUUCUGGGCUACGUGGGAAGCAGCUCAGUUCUGCGUCUUGGUGAAGCUCAGAACGCCCAUCGGUAAACCUCAAGAGACGUUCAGAGCCAUUGAAGCUGCUCUUCUGGAGGUUGGACGAGAUCCCAAGCUGCAAUCAGACGCCACUUCAGACUCUUCCUGUAAAGUACUGAGUCCUGCAUACACCCUCCAUCAGCUGAGACCAGUUCUUCUACUGCAGUUUCUGGAACAUCUAGAGAAGCUCAUGUACAAUGCAUAUGAAGGAUGUGCCAUCGCUAUGCCAUCAACACCUAAGGCGGUGAGGACAUUCUUCCGGACAAACCGUGGUACGUGUCAGGACUGGCUGCGUAACAUACGCCGUCUUGCUGUAGCCGCUGCAGUCAACUGCGGUCAGCACGCCAUCGCUCUCAGACAUGGUCUGAUCAUGCUCAGUGACCUCACAGUCAAGAACAACACAACCGGUCAGGUGUUUGAGGAUGCAUCCCUGAGGGUCUUAAUGAGCCUAGUGAAGCUACGCUGCCCCCAUGCCAUCACAGGUCUGCAUAACUGGAUACAGGAGGAAGCAGGCAGGUCCCUAGGCUGGCUCACAGCAUGCUUACCUGCUGCGGAUGGCAGACAUGAAGCCUGUAUCAAUGAAACCCUCCUAGCCAUCAAGAAGUACCUGCAACUAGACGAGAUCCCACGCUACGCCCAUCUCCCAAAGACCACUCCCUCCACGGAUCCUUGCCCUGGCAGCCCAAGGUCAAAGGCCACUGAGGGUCAACAACCUCCAACGAAGGUGUUGACCAGAAACUCUGAGACAACACCUCAAGUGGUGACCCAGAGCCCAAGAGUUGUCGAGUUUCUUGUGAACCAGGUGACGCAGUCAUACGUUUCCGUGUCUGAUUGGAAAUCAGCCUUAAAGUGGCAGGAAGCCCUAGUAGAAUUACGGGUUAUGGUUCCUGAUGCCCUGCAGAAGCAUGUAGUACUGGGCCAGGACAUCAAUGUAAUCAAAGCGCUAAGCCAUUUUGACGACCGGGAUUUCACCGCCAUCACCAACCACUUGGAUCUUGUGCCAGGUCUGUCCCCGGACUCCAGUGAUCUUGAUGACAUCUCUAUGACUCCAGAGAUGAUCCAGAGUCCGGAGGCCGUACUACUGAGAGGAGAGCUGGAGUUAGUGAGAGGGUUGACCCACUACCACGUAUCGGGAUGCAUCAACACUAUGAUGGCUGCCUUCAAUAAGGAUGUCUCGUGCCAGCACCCUGAAAUGUCUGCGUUGAUUAAAAUCCUAGAACAAGCUCAUCAGAUGGCAGAGGGUAGCCUGGCACUGUCCUGGCAGGAUUGGCCAUCGCACACACCGUCUGGCUGCGCUAUGCUCAUGCAAAGAGCCAGGGCAGUGCUUCAUACCAUCCAUGGAUACAUGCAGGACUGCCUGAUACCCAUUUCUGAAGGGCUGAGGUUCGAAGCCUCCCAGCAUGACAUCAGUAGUGUAGGUCAAGUGUCAAAGGUCACGACCUACCAGUAUGGACUUAGUCAAGACAAUUCAAACUGCGCUGGUAUGGCCUCUGAGAUAGCAGCCCACCUCUCGAGGGUCCAACUUGCCACCGUGCAGCUAGCUCGGAAACAGGGCAACCAUAAGUACGCCCAGCAUCGCCUCCUUGAGUACCUGGACCUGCUAGCCCCAUCGGUGGACAACUCUGCAUCGUCCACCGCGGCAUCCAUGGGACUUGAGAUUCAAAACCGCAUGAAGAAGUCCGCACAGCCACUUCUGACAGCCCUGGCUUCGGUCGGCCACCAUGACAAAACGUCGUCCGAGAUGCAGAAGGUGAUCCGUGAGAGUGCCAAGCUCCUCCAUGCCAUGGGGUGCCACCUGGAGGCGUGGGACGUCCUGUCGACGAGCAGCGUCAAAUACGCAACGCUCAUCAACACCAACCUGGUCCUCGAGGGCGACGUGGAGAUCAGAGACACCAGCGCCCGCUCCCUGCUGAGCUUUGUCAAGUGGUUCACGGCGGAUCAUCGGAACGCACUGCCGCAUCUUAAGAUGGCGUUGAGGGUAGACUCUGGAGAGGUUUCCAAGCUGGCUAAGAAUGUCUCCAUCUUGUUGGAUAUAGAGCAUGUUGGGGCUGGAGAGGGACUUGGCCUUGGAUUGGGAGAAUCAGUUGAUGUGUCACGACAGGAAGUUGUUGGUAGUAGUCCCGCCAUCAUUGAUACCGAUGCCGUGUGUGGACGUCUGCUUCACCUCACCACUAUGCAAGCACCGUUACUCACCAAAGCCUGGUCAUCUCUGGCUUCAUGGUGCUAUCGAUGGGGACGUAAAGCUGUGGAUGUUGCAAGUUCUGAGGGCGGAGUCCAGUUGACUGAGGAGGAGAAGGCUGAGGUCUUGACCACCCUCCCUGCUGAGAUAACAAACAGCGAGACAGACGCCAUCUUGUCUAUCCUGAGCCAGGCUCACUGCAGCGCAACCAGCAUCCAUGAAGAAGACAUCCUGGAACAGAUGCAGUCCGUCUACCAUGACGGUACAGAGACCACCCGUCGACAGCUCCUGAGUGCCUGCCCCUCUCUACAGUCUGCCCACCCUAAGGUAGUGACUGACCUCUUGGAGGUGUGGAACAGUGUCUGCCGAAGGAUCUUCAGUCACUACCGUCUAGCUGCCAGGAGUUACUUCAUAUUCCUCAAACUAGCUGGAGAGCCCUCCAAGAAGCUGUCUGUGAGUCACCACAUUGACAGUACGACCCUGAGUAGCUUGAGAGACUUUGGGGAGACGGAGGCGGACUCAGCCGAGGCCCAGGCAACCCACGAAGACGGUAACAUCACCGCCACACUGCGUCUCCUAAGACUGCUUGUCAAGUACGCAGGGGAGCUCAGAGAUGUACUGGAGGAUGGCCUGGCACACACGCCGACCGGACCAUGGAAAAGUAUUAUCCCACAAUUGUUUUCUCGUCUGAGUCACCCUGAAGCCUACGUCCGUCAGAGCAUCUCAGAUCUCCUGUGUCGUGUAGCUCACGACUCUCCUCAUCUCAUCGUCUAUCAGGCUGUCGUUGGAUGUCCGUCCACCACGGCGGAAGAGAAGAAGAGUAAAGAUGUCGUCCAACAGGGAGUAAUCUCUAAGCUCCUUAAGAGCCCCAGCAAAGAUGCAACCGACGACACAGACCCCUCGGACGUACCCCCAUCAGACCCCGAGGCGGAUGACAGCCUCGAGGAGACAGACGAGGAGCAUAAUCGCUCCAUGAGCAUCCUGGAGGACUGCCUGACAGCCAUCGUGGGCACCCUGAGCAAGCACAGCCCGGAACUGGUCGUCGAGAUAGAGGUCUUGGUGCAGGAGCUGAGACGCAUCACGGUGCUGUGGGAGGAGCUGUGGUUGGGGACCCUCAAUCAGCUCCACGUGGACGUCACAAGACGUCUUCACCAGCUUGAGGAGGAGGUGAAGAGAGUUCAGAGGAAUGACGGACUGUCUCCAGCAGAGAAGAAACUGAUCAUAGCAGAGAAGCACAACGCCAUCAUGAAACCGGUGGUGUACUCACUGGACCAGGUGCAUUCCAUCACCAGCCAGGCAGCAGAGACCCCCAAUGAGAAGGCCUUCCAGGAUGCGUACAAGGAUACCAUUGAGAAUGCCCUCAACUCACUUAAGGAUCCAGAGACCCCUAACAAGCCACAGUCCAGCUGGACACUCUUUAAACAGCUUCAUUCUGCGCUCCAGCAGAGAGCCACCAGGAAGGCCACCUUCAUGUUGCAGAUGAAAGACAUCAGCCCAAGGCUGUUCUCUAUGGAGAACACUACCAUCCCACUACCAGGGCUAGUGUGCCAUCGCAGUCAGGUGGUGACCAUUGCCUCCUUUGACAACUCAGUCAACAUCCUGCCGACCAAGACGAAGCCUAAGAAGUUGGUGUUCCACGGCGCUGAUGGCAAGAGGUAUCCGUACCUCUUUAAGGGGCUGGAGGACCUCCACCUGGACGAGAGGAUCAUGCAGUUUCUCUCAAUUGUCAACACCAUGUUUGCCAGGAACAAGAGACAAGAGGCCUCCUUAUACCAUGCCUGCCACUACUCAGUGACCCCUCUAGGCCCUCGAUCAGGACUUAUACAGUGGGUGGAUGGAGCUACUGCUCUCUUUGGGCUUUACAAACGUUGGCAGCAGAGAGAGGCCAUAGCUGCAGCCGCUGCUAAGAGCACCGGUUCAUCAACUGGUCAACCUCAAGUUCCGCGUCCCAGCGAGGUGUACUACAAGAAGAUGAAGCCAGCCCUGGAAGAAAAGGGUUUGUCUGAGCAGACUCCACGUAAGGACUGGCCGGUGAAUGUGAUGCGUACCGUCAUGCAGGAUCUGAUGAAAGACACACCCAGUGAUCUACUGGCUAGGGAGUUGUGGUGCUCAAGUGGCAGCUCAUCAGAGUGGUGGCAUAUCACCCAGGCCUACUCUCGCUCUACGGCUGUCAUGUCCAUCAUCGGUUACAUCAUCGGACUCGGUGACCGUCACCUUGACAAUGUCCUUGUCAACUUCCUCACUGGUGAUGUUGUUCACAUUGAUUACAAUGUGUGUUUUGAGAAGGGUAAGAAUCUACGAGUCCCAGAGAGAGUGCCGUUCAGAAUGACCCAGAACAUCCAAUCAGCUCUCGGAGUCACAGGUGUUGAGGGAACCUUCCGCCAGUCAGCAGAAGAGGUACUAAAGAUCAUGAAGAAGGGACGGGAGACCCUACUGACACUCCUUGAAGCCUUCGUCUACGAUCCCCUGGUGGAUUGGACUACCGCCAAUGAGGGUGGUUUUGCCAGCGCCGUGUACGGUGGCGGGCAGAUGAACCCCGUGGUGGCCGAUGGAGGUCAGAGCAAGAGAGAAAUGGAGAAGGCCAUCACCAGGAGUUUAUUCUCGUCCAGGGUGGCGGAGAUGAAAGCUCCAUGGUUCAAAAACAGAGAUGACAUGCUAGAUGCUCUCUCCAAGCUUGAGGAUCAACUAAACACUUACCUUGAGGCGGUGAGUGACAGUAAAACACUGGAGAGCAAUACAGACGAGUACACCCAUCACAUCAGCACCUUACAGGCCGCUCUGAAUGAUAAGAACCACUCAUUGCAUACACUACAUACCAGAUAUGCGGAGUGUCACCAGGUCGACACAACCACGACGGCUACACUGCAAGCUGUCCAGGAGAAACUGCGAGAGUUAGAGCAUUGGCACAUCCAGCACAAGCUGGCCCUGGAGACGGCUAGGGGUAACCACCUGACUGGGAUAAGCCAAGAGACUGAGAAAGAUCUGGACUUGGGUACUCCACCCUAUGCUCUUUGUGUGCAGUUCCUGACCACUGCAGGCCAGACACAGAUGAUUUCACAGUGUGAGCAUCUUGAGACGGAGCUAAGCAGUCUACUGAAGCAGAGACGUACAAUGCUACGGGGAUGUGUAGAGGUUCUACAAACAUACUGUAAUAUGGCGGGACAGUUCCCGGCCAAUUUUGCUGAGAUGAACCGAGCUUAUGUGUGGCAGACAUGGCUGCAGGAACUGAUCAAUGAUCUUACAUCCGCCACAUGCAAAGAUAUACAAGCUCGCUUCAAGGCCAAGUACACCACCCCAACCCCAGCUCACAUCCAGGGAGUGGUGGCCACCGAGCUAGCCCUUAACAACAUGAUGACUGAAUCUAAUAAGAGAAUGGUCAAGACAAUGGACAGUAUGGCUCAAUCAGAUGUCACUCAGAUGGAUACCACACUGCAGCAGACGCAUGUACAGAUACGCAGCUUUGUCAAAGAGAAUGGUGAUACUGGAGUUAUGACGUUAGCGGCAGUCCUGAUGAAUGCAUUAUGUUCAUUCAGUCAGCGUUCUCUCAUCAUGGAAGGAGCUGUGGCAGGUGCCGGUGACUCUUUGGUUGACUUUGCAUCCCGCAAUGGGAACUGGUUCCUGGAGGAGCUAUGUAGUAUGAUUGCCAAUCUGGAUAUUAUCGUCAAGCUUAUCAGUGGAUGUCAAUGGCCUCAGGAGUUUGACAGCGGCCCCAUCAUUGCUUCCCUGGAGUGCUUCAAGCUGAUCAGACUCGUAUACGAGAGUCUCCAAGACAUGCACAGUCACUUCAGGAAGACUGUCCUCCCACGGACCAUCGCCAGCCUGCAGUCCGUCGACGACUCUGUAGAUACGAUGAUGGCAGAGCUGAAGGGCAUGUGUAAUGGGCCGUCCCUCUUACCAGGUGUAUUGUACCAGAUUGAGCAAGAUCUGACCAGCGUCACUCUAGGAAUGAAGGGUGAUUUAGUCUCAGCCAGCGUCGUAGACGCCCUACGAACCAAAUACAGUGCACUCCUACGAGUGCAUGCCACUGACCCCUCAGAGACGGGUCAGACACCGCCCACCCAGGGGCAGGUCCUCCUGACGUUGAUCAGCGCACCCUUUGCCAAGGUGGAGGCGAGCAUUGCUGAGUUUGUGCUCAAGAUGGAGCAGUUGGUUGUGCCGACACAGUGGCGGAAGGUUGACGUGAUUCAAGAAGCUAAGAGCCUGCAGUCGACUGUACUAAACGCCAACACCCAGCAGCUCCUGAGAGACUGGUCCUUCAUCAAGCAGCUUGAAGCCACCCAGGAAUUCCUGUUACAGUGCCAACAGUUUGCCAAAGCUACCAACGGAUGUCAAGAUGAGGUAGCAGAGGUUCAAGUAUCCCUCAUCUCGGAGGCUCAGUUCAUCAAACCCAUCAAGAAGUUCAUGGCUGGCUUGAUCAGGAAGCAGACCAUCGGCAUCUUAUCCCAGACCAUUGGUAUCUGUACCUGCACACUGAUCCACCAGCUGGGCCUAGACACCCUUGCGCAGAUCAACGCUAGGGACGUAGGAGCCAACUCCAAGGCCUCCCUGGAGGAUAUGUGCAAGAAGACCAUCGAUCUGACCGUGCAGAAUGGACGGGUGCAAUCCCACCUCUAUGGGGUCUUGAAUAACUACACCAAGGCGUACGAUGCAGGCUGGAGGACACUGGCUCAGGCGAGGCAACAGCUGACCGCAGUCACAGCAAACCAGGAGAGUCUACAGUAUGUUCAACUGCAGUUGGUGCGCUACCAGUGGUUAUAUGAAGACGUACUACAGCAGGCUGGCACACACAGACAAAACAUGCCGUUCUUGCCCCCAUCAAGAUCAAGCGUCAUGUCCGAUCUGCGCAAGCGGACUCAGGUACUUUCAUCACUAGAGGGCGCCAUAAAAGCGGUGCAGGAUCGUGCCGACACUCAACAGAACAGCGUGAGCCAGCGAUUGAAGUGGGCGGCGGGUGCCAAUCCGACCUUGCACAAUGUGAUGCAUGAGUUUGAGAAGGUGGUCCAAAACAGGUUGAAGAAUUAUGCAUUGGAAAAUAAAAGAUCUGCUGAGGUGGCAGCACUGAGUAACGCCAUUCUACACUUUGAGGCAUUGAGGACGAGAACCAGCGAGGCCAUUAAUGCUGAGACUAGCUUUGCUGCACUCCUUACAAGAUGCCAGGAGAGCUGCAACAAAGCUCAGCUGUGCACCACUACCAUCUCAGAUCUGGAGCAGACUUUCGUCGACUUGAAGUCCCCGACGUCAGAACUGCCCAUCGGUAAGAAAUGGAUGCGUAGUCUACUGGAACUACUGGAGCAGAGGGAAGCUGACAAGGAGAGUGCUGUAGCCGAACAGGAGGUCAUGGUUCAUAGUGGGAGGGAUGCCCUUCAUUCUCAAAUCGACGCGGUUAAGAACACGCUGUCCACUCAUCACAAGCUCAUGUCAGAGGUCAAGACUCACCUGAAGACGCUAGCCAGGGGGGAAGAGGAUGAGGUUGAAGACGGUGGCCUCGGUAGUGAGGGAGUGGUCAAGACGUUCAUGGUGGAGUACAAGGGCUACUCGGAGGAGUUCACAUCUACUCUCAAGACGCUGUUGGUUGGUUCGUCUGAGGAGGAUAAAGAAAGCAUCUUGAAGUUAUCUGAGAUCGCUCCCAAGAUGGAGAUUCUUGAAGAUCAAACCAAGAGGUUGUGUGAUCAACUGGUUGGUUUAGCUGCUCCAUUGGUACCCAGACUACCCUUACUUGACCAAGUGAGUGAUGGUGCCACCCCUGUGGAUGAGCCUAAAGAUAGCAGUAAUGGCAAAGGGAGUAAGACUGGUUCACCCAUCAGAUCCUCGUCAAUACUAGGUCGAGGUGCCGAAGGGACCCCAGCCACGCCACCAAUUGCCUCCAAAGCUGCUUUGUUAGCACAGCAGCCCAAAGGCUCUCCGUCCGUGAUGCGCGAUCCACGGACCGGUAAGGUGAUCCAAGUGCGCAACACCCACGCCAUCAACGUGUGGCGUCGUGUUAAGGGGAAGCUUGACGGAAGAGAUCCUGACCCUUCAAAGAGACUGAGUAUACCUGAACAGGUGGACUUUGUGAUCAAGGAAGCAACCAGCCUAGACAACCUGGCUACACUCUACGAAGGCUGGACUGCAUGGGUCUGAAACCUAGACACCAAACAUCCUGUGGUGUUAUGGAAAAGCAAAGUACAACUGGAUACAGACCAGUCUGCCCCAAGGGAAAACCAUCCAGGUGGUCACAUCACAGCCGGAUCCAACUUGUUCCAACCGGUUCCAGCUAGAUACCACCUCAUCAUAAGGAUACAAAAUUCCCCCACAACACGCCUAGCUAGCUAUGGAAAGCGGCAGGAGGCGGUUGUCUUAAAGGGGUUGUAACAGCAAGGUACUUGGGAGGAUUUAUAAUAAAGUAGAGAGAGAGAGUGGCGUCCCCUCUUUAAAGGUAUGUCCGCAAUUAUCAUUUAUAGUUGUCUCAUCAGGAGGCCAGACAGUCACUUUAAAGAGCGGGAUGUGGUGGUCGGAUCGAAAACCAAUUUGGCAAGACCCAAGAUUGGAGUAUUGUCCACCAAUCCACUUCAAAAUUAGACACGUCCGGGGGCCAUUCAUGAACCAAAAUCAAGUGUGAUGGUCCCCCGGGGGGAAUCCGUCCUCAUGUCUGAUUAGUAGAGGUCGUUGCAGAGAGAGAAAAUUCUGAUGUUUGUUCUUGUUGUUAUGGGAACAGUGUUUUUUCGUCAGUUGAGUGUUUUUUGUUUACGACACGAAAGACUUGGUUACUUUUAGCAGUUAAAAAUAUGUUUAUUCCGACGCUAAUUUACUCGGAUUCUGAUCAUUUUGAAUAGAUGACGAACAUGUUUACAUUGGAUGAGUAGGGAUUGGACGGUAACUUUUAGAUUUCCAGAACUUGAGAUUCUAGAAAAGAGUGUAAAGAUCUUACUCUCUUGCUUGCUAGUUUCUUAGCAUGGAAAGCUUUUUCUGAGCAGGUACUUGUUACCGGCCCAAAAUGGUGUGUUAAAAAAUACAUUGACAUAACUGGUACUCUGGUAAUUUUUUGCUUAGCGAAUAAAUUUGCUAAGCAAAAUGAUCUCUGUAACAGCUUAUAAAAUUGCGCGGGCCCUGGUCUCGGUCUCCCAUAGCAGCUUCACCUAAAAUUCAGUUAGUCUUAGAAAGUUUUAAACUUGGGGCGAACUUGCACACACAAAAAUAAAUACAAAAGUUUGUGAAAGGGGCACCCAAUACGUCUCAAAACUCUCCCAUUACUAGAAGGCCACAGAUUCAUGUGCCCCCUCAGAAAUAUUCCAACAUAUUUUCCAAGGGUGGUGCUCUUUUCAAAAUGGAAGUUGCCUUGGCCGCUUGACGAAUGAGGAUCCAGGCAUGCUUCGCAAUUAGCUGCAUGUGUUAUGGGUUAGAUUAAGAGCCUAAACCAUCAUAUACAAAUAUGGCUUGAAAGUUUGCACGGUGGAAAGAAAUCACGUCAGAAAUUUACGAUGACGCCAUAAAAAAAAUAGUUGGAUCUCUUUUGAGUGAUUCAUGGUUUUGAGAAGAAUGGGUGAACUCAACGUUUCGGACAGUUUACUUCGUUCCUUGUCUUCAGACGAGCUUAACAGGAAAUAUCUGAAUGGAGGAAUACAGAAGUCUGAUAAAAUUUAGACCUGUGUGUCGCCCUGUAAGCACAGAAUUCCGCGGUUGACGCAGAGUAAGUGAAAUUGUCCUCGGGUCGUUCUGACUCAGCGCAAGCCGAGACAACAUCCACAUGGCGUUCGAUACUUGUACGGAACCGCCCUAUGGGCCUAGAGCUUCAACUGCAUGCUUCACUUGUAAUGUAUUUAUGUAUUUGUUUGGACGAGAGUGUCAUUGUUACAUUCUCAGGACAAUACAGAUUUCAAAUAAUAAACCACAAGGAAAUCUGACUGGAUAAAUUUUAAAUGGUUUGGAGUUCAACAAAUACAAAUUUGCUGGAGUGGGAUUUGAGCCAACAACUUCUAGAUUAACAUGCCAGCACUCUACCAUUUGAGCUUUCUAUCUAAUCCUUUGUUGGCGGUCUCGCUCAGUGCAAAUCUCAACACAUAGUUAUGUAAUGCUUCUUUUCACUGCUACCCGAAUUUGAGGCUCAGAACACAAAUGGGUGAGCGUGAAAGGUGGAAGAACAGCAUGGGACCUCUUUCAGGUGGCAACGUGGACAUUUUGAAAUGUCAUCGAGGCAUUUUGGUUUUGUUACCUUUUCAAGUCAUAACCAGGUAAACAAUCACAAUCUUAGCGUUUUCCAAUGUAAACAUGGAAUAUAAAAAGGGGUUUUCCCUUUCGUCUAUCUUUGUUCUUAUUUCUUGUCCUGUUUUUUUUUAUCUUGCUUGAUGAUGAAUGUUUCAAGCAGUUUACCUUUUUGCGUUCAAAUAUUCCAAUGAAAUUUCCUUAUAGGCUAGAUUUAGAAGAAUCGAUAAAAUCUAAAAGUGUUUGAGGAAAAUUUGGUUCCCCCCAAAAAAGGAAGCCGUAUAAAAAAGGGUCAAAGUGUGCAGACAAAGCUUUCAUAUGAGGGAAACACCAAGAAAGCGAAAAAAAACUAAAUUUGUUUCGUACAUUUUCUCAAUGGAACUGGAAAGAAAAAGUCUUUUUGCCCAAGCAUCGCCAAUUCCUCUAAAAUCCAUCCUGUGGUUUUAGUGAAUCAAGUUCAUCAAUACCAUACUAACCAUGCUUGGCUUUGGACUGAGUUUCAGGACAGGCUUUUGACUUGGCUUGGGAUAGGGCUUUGGGCUGGGCUUGGGGCCGG